ACUGUCUUGUGUGUUUAAGUCUAUCCUCAGAAAAGUCUCAAACCAUGGACUAUCACGUGUCUUUGCCACCAUCCACCACCACAUGUCUCUCCUUUAAGGUGCAUCGCCGGCAGCCUGAGCUGGUCACUCCGGCUAAGCCAACGCCACUAGAGCUCAAGCCUCUUUCCGACAUAGACGACCAACAAGGAUUAAGAUUUCAAAUUCCUGUUAUCUUCUUCUAUAGACCAAACCUUACAAGUAAUCUUGAUCCGGUCCAAGUGAUCAAGACAGCUCUCGCGCAGACGCUGGUUUACUAUUACCCGUUCGCUGGUAGGCUCCGGGAAGGUCCUAACCGAAAACUUUCGGUGGACUGUACCGGAGAAGGCGUUUUGUUCAUUGAAGCCGACGCUGACGUUACGUUUGCUGAGUUGGAGGAAGCUGAUGCUCUUCUUCCUCCUUUCCCUUGCUUAGAAGAGCUUCUCUUUGACGUGGAAGGGUCCAGUGAGUUACUUAACACUCCGUUGCUUCUCGUUCAGGUCACGCGGCUUAAGUGCGGUGGAUUCAUCUUUGCCCUCCGUUUCAACCACACCAUGACCGAUGGAGCAGGCCUGUCCCUCUUUCUAAAAUCACUAUGCGAGUUGGCAUGUGGGUUACACGCGCCGUCGGUUCCACCAGUGUGGGAACGAGAGUCGCUGAUUGCGAGUACCUCUGCGCUUGUGACACAUACGCACCGCGAAUAUGACGAUAAGGUGGAACCUGAAGCGGUAGUUGUCGGAGACUUUUUAGUUAGUAGAUCUUUCUUUUUUGGUCCGGACGAGAUCGCCGCUAUAAGGAGACUCCUCCCGACCGAUCUCCACAACACCACUUUUGAAGCGAUGACAUCGUUUUUGUGGCGUUGUCGGACGGUUGCACUGAGUCCCGACCCCAACACCGAGAUGAGAAUGACAUGCAUCGUCAAUUCACGUUCCAAACUUAGCAACCCGCCUAUACCAUCCGGUUACUACGGUAACGUUUUUGCCAUUCCAGUGGCGAUAGCUACUGCAAAAGAUCUGAUGGAGAAGCCGCUUGAGUUUCCUCUGAGGUUGAUACAAGAGGCAAAGAAGAGCGUGACAGAGGACUACAUACGGUCGAUGACGGCAUUAAUGGCAACCAGAGGGAGGCCUAUGUUUGUGGCAGCUGGGAACUAUAUAGUGUCGGAUUUGAGACAUUUUGAUUUAGGAAAAGUUGAUUUCGGGCCGUGGGGUAAACCUGUGUACGGUGGUACCGCUAAGGCUGGUAUCGCAGUGUUUCCAGGAGUGAGCUUCUACGUGCCGUUUAAGAAUAGAAAAGGUGUGAGCGGAACCGUUGUGGCAAUUAGCUUGCCGGUGCCAGCGAUGGAGAAGUUUGUAGAAGAGCUUGACGGUGUGUUAUACAAGUGUCUUAACGGACGCUUGUAAAAAAAAACAUGCGUUCGAAAUUAAGUAAAUUAUCGUUAUGUCUUCGCUCUUAGAGCCAUUUGAUAUACAUUAUCAGUUAUGUAUUUAUUAUCAUGCCAUAUUGCCAUGCAUAUAUAGUAAAAUUGUCACA